AUGGCGACAGUAGCAGUGGUAGCCGAGGAAGGCCGGGCGGUGGCCUGCAGCUGCGUGGUGGAGCAAGCGGCCACGGCGGCGUGCCGGAUCUGGCCGAUGCGAGGGCCGAUUGGGCCGGCGAUGAUGGCGGGGAGGAGCUGCGAUCGGCGGCUGGGGCGCGGAGAAGCCGCACGGUGGCUCGCGGCCGAUGGCGAAGCAGCUCCUCAUUGCAAGCUUCCAGGUCUUCCAAUGGCCUCCUUUGGCCUCUUCAGGUUGCUACUACUGAUCAUCUUUAUUAUCAACACAGCAAAAGCAGCUGAUAUUUUCCUAGACUGGGAUGUUUCCAUUGAUACCACUAUCAACCCCCUAUCCAUUCAGCAGCCUAUCAUCACCAUCAAUGGAGUUUUCCCAGGACCUCUGGUCAAUGCCACCACCAAUGAUGUUGUUCACGUGAAUGUCUUCAACAAUCUGGAUGAACCAUUUCUGAUAACAUGGAAUGGCAUACAACAGAGGCUAAACUCAUGGCAAGAUGGGGUGUCUGGCACAAACUGCCCCAUCAAACCUGGCCAGAAUUGGACAUAUGUGUUCCAGACCAAAGACCAAAUCGGCAGCUUCUUCUACUUCCCAUCCAUCAACUUCCACAAGGCAGCUGGAGGAUUCGGCCCCAUUCGGGUCAACAACAGGAAUGUCAUCAACAUCCCCUUCCCCAAACCCGAGGCCGAGUUCGACCUCCUCAUCGGCGAUUGGUUUUACACUGACUACAAGACGGGUAGGGGAAGGCUGCAAAACAAGAUGACUCCUUUCGGUGAUAUCCCUGAUGCGGUACUGAUGAAUGGGAAAGGCCCUUAUGGCCUUGCAACCUCAAAGGCCUACGAGUCCUUCACUGUCACAAAAGGAAAGACAUACCGAUUCAGAAUAACGAAUGUUGGAAAUGCUUUGAGCUUUAACUUGAGGAUUCAGAAUCAUCCUAUGGUGCUGGUUGAAACAGAAGGGUCUUACACCAAUCAGAUCGUUCUGGAUUCUCUUGAUGUCCAUGUUGGCCAAUCUUACUCUGUUCUUGUCACGGCCGGUCAAGAUGAAGCUGACUAUUACAUAAUGGCCUCUCCAAAACUGCUCGAUGCUCCUGAUAACAGCUCUCUUGUGGCCAAAGGGCUGCUGCACUAUGCCAAUUCGGUCACACCUCCUUCUGGGCCUCUCCCAAAUGGGCCCGACCCCUUUGACAUCGAAUUUUCAGUUAACCAAGCCAAGUCUAUCAGGUGGAACUUGACUACAGGAGCUGCGAGGCCGAACCCACAAGGAACCUUCAACGUAACCAACGUAACCCUAUCGCAGACCUUUGUUCUCCACGCAUCAGCAGCCGAAAUAGAUGGAUCUUCACGCUACGUCGUGAACAAUGUGUCUUAUCUCACUCCAGAUACCCCAUUGAAGCUAGCCGAUCACUUUGCCAAUGGCUCUGGUGUUUACCAGCUGGAUCAAUUACCGAUCCAUUCCGUCAAGGACGUUGCUGCUUAUGGAAUCUCUGUGGUGAGCGGCGUCCACAAAGGUUGGCUGGAGAUCGUCUUCAAGAACGAGCUGGAAGUGAUGGAUUCUUGGCACUUGGAUGGCUUUGGGUUCUACGUUGUGGGCUUUGGCGAUGGAGAAUGGACGCCGGAAUCUCGUAGCAGCUAUAACUUGUUCGAUCCUGUUGUUCGGUCAACGGUGCAAGUGUACCCAGGCCGGUGGACGGCGGUUUAUGCUUUCUUGGACAACCCAGGAAUGUGGAACUUGAGAUCGCAACACCUCAAGCACUGGUACAUGGGCCAAGAGCUCUACAUAAGAGUUUUCGACAACGAUCCCAAUCCUGCCAAGGAGCGGCCUCCUCCGCCAAACCUCCUCUUAUGCGGAAUUUUUGAUGAUUCCUUUGCCCCGACACCGGCGCCGGCUCCCCAAGUUGGAUUCUGA